AUGGCCGGCCUCGCCGACGUAGGCGGCAACGGUGGUGGCGGUCCGCCACCAUCCACCCUCGCUGCGCAGCUCGUCGAGAACAUUUCCGCCUCGUCCAAGUCGGCGCGCUCCGACGACAACGCCGAGCUCAAGGGCCUGUUCGCCGUGAUACAGCGCGUCAAGGACCAGCCGGAGCUGCUGCGGACGCCGGCGCAGCGCACCGAGCACAACCACAUGCUCGUCUACGUCUACUGCCGCGUGGUGCUCGAUGCCAUCCGCCUCGACGACCCGCUGCUCAACCAGCCGCACGUGCGCGCCGAGGCGCUCAAGGCGUUGAACUUUCUGCGCUUCACCAUCAACGAGACGCCGGCGGUGCUUUGCUACGCGUCGGCGACGCACGGCCUGCUGUUCCGCGGCAGCGAGCCCCUUUGGGCCUGGCUGCUGCCGCAGUGGCUGCGCAUGCUGGGCCACCCCAAGUGCGCGGAGCUCGAGAGCGCGAUUGAGGGCUUCUUGCAGUACCUGCUGCUGACGGUGGCGCGCAUGUCAAAGCUGUGGCCCAUGAUUGGGCCGCUGACGGUGUUUUAUCGUGGCUGCUUGACGGGCCUCAUUGAGAAACUCCAAUCACCGUCGAUCGAUAUUUCGAAAAAGAACGCACCGAUUACUAUAGAACUACCGCCGCCGCACGUCCUGGACCAAGUGCUGGGAGGACCGACUACAACGCCAUCCGUCUCGCUGACAUACCGCAUCAAACUCGCUGGCCAAGCACUCUCGCAGGCGCAUAGCUUGGCGCGGGUCCUUGCCUAUCCUCUGAUAUGCCAAGACUCUGCGUUUUCGUCGGUUGCGCCCAUGUCUGAGACUGGGCCUUGGCUGCUCGAUUCGUGGCUGGACCUAUGGUCGGCGCAAAAGCGACUCCAAGGCAAUGAGAAGAAGUCGCCCUUGCCGCUGAUCAACAUGGCGGUAGAUGUGGCCAAGGCAGCCAAAGGUGACCACGCAGUUGCGAUGACUACGAAGAACAAGGCCUGCACGACGCUGGUUUUGCUGUGCAGUGAAAUGGUGUCUGCGCCGGAAGAACUGGCCGACUCGGACGGUGCGGGGGAUGAGGCCAGGGCUAGCUAUUGUCUUGCGCUGGUUACUAUUGCUCAAGCGGCGCUGCAGUCGCCAACAAUCGGUCGCCUGGCGGCGUCAAAACUGGUCAAUGAGCUUUCUUUAUUGCCGGCGCAGUAUCCUGCGCUCGGAGAAGAAAGCGACGUCUGGAGAUGUGCUCUUCUUCUGCGCGAAGUAGUCAACCUGGAGCCGCUUCAGACGCUGCCAUCCUCAAUACAUCCAUCGCUAUUUCAGCACGCAGAAUUAAGGCGCUCUGUCGAAAGCAUGCGUCUAUCACAUGAACAGCCGAAUGGACAAUCCAACGCAACAAAAAGACGAAAAUUGAAUGAGCCAUCUGAGGAGAGCACUACUUCGCAGGCAGUAGAUAGUCUAUUCGCCGCUCUGGAACUGGAUGCACCUACCAAUGAGGAAGAACUUGAUUCGCCUCGUAUCUUAGAUGCGUUGGACACGUUGAAUGAUGCCACAAGAUGCCUAGCUAUUGACAUGAUGUCAAAGUUGUGCUGCGUUGUUGAUAAUCAGCUUUGUGACGUCGGAGAAAGACAGUGUGCCAUUUGUUCUGGCAAAGCUUCAACCCAAAACGGGAUAGAGGUGCAUCGUAUCAAAACUAGCAUCCGGUCCACGUUUGCUGAAUUGAUCCGCCAAACGAGUUUUCUAGAAUCCCGCCGACCACGAGUCGCUGCCAUGCUUGCUUUGCGCCGGAUUGUUCUCCACUGUGAGGACUCUACUUUUUUGAACUUGGAAACCUCUACCUUAGGCCAGUGGUGUCUGCAAUCGCUGAAUAGCUCAAUCCGAGAACUGCGCAUUGCAGCAGGCAGAGUGCUCGUUACCUUUGUGCCGCCCAAGGCAACGCUUUCUAUCGAUGACGGCUUGCUUUCGAGAAACCGUAAAAACACAAUUGCCCUGUUACGUUCAGUAUCGGACAAUGACCAAACGCAUCUUAUUGAAUCUCGGAUCAUGGUCUGGGGCCAGCUUGGCAGAGUGAUGCCAGAGAAUGAGCUCAAUCUCGUACUGAUUAAACUUCUGGAGUAUCUCGGCAGCAGCAACAGUUUUGAGGCUGCUGUCGCUUUUAACGAACUUUUGAACCUGGCCGAAUCGCGCAGCACUACGCCACGCCGCCUGCUCGAACCUUACUGGAAAAGCCUGGCUUACAUGGCGACCAAAGACAUGGUUCACAGACCACAACGGAGCAGAGCGAUAGCAGAGCUCCUCCAAAUAUCUGUGAAUGAACUGUUGCUGCUCAUUCAAACGCAUGCACUUCCCUGGCUGGUCUUGGACAAGCGCACAGAAGUAAUUCAGAAGUUUGCCGAAGCACGGCGAGAAAACAUGGCUUGGCAGCCGCUGAUGGACAAUGCGAAUUUGGCGGCCAUCCUAUCGCUUCUCAUGAUUCAAGAAACCGACAACAUCGAGAGCUUUGUCAGGUCUCGUCUGAAUGACGUUGGACUCCAUUUACAUGACCGGCCAAUUGUCGAGCUGCUACAGAUUGAACCUGUUUUGAUUGCGAUUGAGCUCUUGAAAGCCGCCGGACAAGCAGAUGGUGCAAGAAAACAAACCAUUACCGAAGCUCUUCGGUGGAUGGCAACCAGCAUCUUGAGUGCAAGCCCUGAUACAAAGAAGAUCAAGAAAGGGAACAUGAUUGGAAAAUUUCUGCAGUCGCAUAUUCUAGGCCUGAUGGCUCGCCUGACAGAUGUCAUCAAUGAUCCGGCAAUGAUGCAUCCCGGUGAGAUGGAGCAGCGCAACUGCAUUCGAGCCUUGGAAGAAAUGAUCAAUCUCUGUCAAUCGCAUGCGCGCAUUGCUCGGCCGCAAAUAUCCGCCUGUCUCCUCGCAGCACUGGCGCAAGAACCGCUCAGAGACAUUUCACUAUCUUGCUGGGCCUCCAUGUUGAUGAACUUUGAGGAGGAGGAUGUCGAGGCGCUUCUGGAGACAACAUUCUUCAUUGUAAAGCACUACUGGCCAAACUUCAGCGCCUUCUCGACCGAGACUGCCAGUAAUAUUGUAUCAUUUCUGCUGGACCAUCACGGAGCCAUCGUUGAGAACAACAUUAGCAGCUUGCCCUCUUUUGAGGGAAUCGCUGCCUUGUCCAAGUUGGAGGCGAAGCUGCGAGCUCUUCGACCUAAAUUGCUCCCAGAAGAGCUGCUCCCCAUUUUUGCCACAAGACUUCGCCAUGAAAAUUCGGGUGUUGUGCAGCAAGCUCUGAACGAGCUUGUGCCGUAUCUUCGGGCAAACCAGAGCGCUCUCUUCACCUCCAACGUUUCGCAGACUGAUAGCGUUGUAACAACCCUAAUGCGCGCCUUGCUAGAUUGCACUUGCAGGUACAACAAUCUCCAUGGAAGCAUCAGCCGCCUGUGCGUCGAGUCCAUGGGCUUGAUCGGUUGCUUGGACUCGAACCAAGUUGAAACGGUCCGCGAACAGCGGUCUAUCGUCAUCUUGGACAACUUUGAAAGCUUCCAGGAGACUACCGAUUUCGCACUCUUUCUCUUGGAAGAGAUUCUGGUGCCAGCGUUUCUUUCUGCUACGGACACUCGCCUCCAAGGAUUUCUGUGUUUUGCUAUGCAGGAGCUUCUCGACAGGUUCGAGAUCAAAGCCUCUAUUGCGAUGCAAAAUACUGGUGGUGUCGCAGGGAAUGAUAUUUACCGAAAAUGGAUCGCUCUGCCAGAGAAUGUGCGCGAAGUUGUCACGCCGUUCCUCACCUCCAAGUACAUGGUCGCUCCCAUGUUGCCCGUCAAGGUGGAAUAUCCAAUCUUCAAUCCCGCGAAGCCCUACGGCAACUGGCUUCGCUCAUUUGUCAUUGAGCUCCUGCGCAACGGGCAGCAUCCCCAUGCCGAUAUGCUUUUCGAACCCUUAUCGCGCGUAAUUCGAGUCAAAGACUUAUCGACGGCUGAAUUCUUGCUGCCAUAUCUUGUGCUCCAUGUUCUUCUUGGAUCGAAAAGCACGAAUCAAGACAAAGAUCAGAUUCUCCAUGAGCUCACGAGCAUUCUCGAGUACAGUCCAUCAGAAGAUGCUUCGUAUGCUGAAAAGGAAGAAUUCAAGCGCUACUGUCAUGCUGUGUUCCGGGUCCUUGACUACGCCAUGCGCUGGGUGCAUGGCAAGAAGUCUUCGGGCAAACUGUCGUCAGAGAAAAAAGAGCAAAUCGCCAAUAUUCAGGGCAUUCUGGACAGCAUUCCGGCUGAACUCAUCUCGCAGCGUGCAACUGACUGUAACGAGUAUGCGCGCGCCUUAUUCCAUUUGGAGCAGCACGUCCAGAAAAUGGAGCAGCAGAAGCGAGAGCCUGGCGAUCGCGACCGUAUGCUAGAGCGACUGCAAGAUAUCUAUGCCAAUAUAGAUGAACCGGAUGGCUUGGCAGGAAUAUCUGCACAUCUUCAUGCCCUGGACAUCAACCAGCAAAUACUGGGCCACAAGAAAGCAGGCCGAUGGACGGCGGCGCAGACGUGGUAUGAGAUUCAGUUGGCGGAAAAACCUGACAAUAUCGACGUGCAGGUCGAGCUGCUGAGCUGCCUUCAACAAGCUGGUCAAUAUGACGUGCUUCUUAAGAACGUUGAGUCAAUGUUUACUGAUUCGCCAAGCGAUACGAAAAUUAUGCCGUACGCUGUCGAAGCAGCUUGGGUCACUGGCCGCUGGGAAAGCCUUGGAAAGUUCAUCGAACGGUUCCAAGGCGAUUUGACCCAGGACUUCAACAUGUCCCUUGCAUCAGUCUUUUCGUCUCUUUACAAGAAAACAGAUCACGCGAACCUGGCUCGGACAGUGCAAGGGAUGCGGGAAAAGAUUUCUACGUCAAUGACUACGUCUGCAACCUCGUCGCUGCAAGCAGCUCACGAUUCUCUGCUGAAGUGCCACGUUCUUGCUGAUCUAGAAGUCAUCAUCAAUCUGAAAUCUGAUAGAGAAGAUGAUCGGAAACAGGCUCUCACUUUGCUGGACAAUCGUCUAGAUAUCAUAGGAGCCUACUUCUAUGAUAAGCAGUACAUUCUUGGGAUUCGAAGAGCCGCAAUGGAGCUCAUGCGACCAAAGUUCUCCGAUCUUGACAUUUCCGCUCUUUGGCUCACCAGUGCUCGCUUAGCCAGAAAGACGGACGCUACUCACCAGUCAUUCAACGCUGUUCUCCGGGCCUCGCAAUUAGGAGACGACUCGUCAACGAUCGAAAACGCAAAACUUCUUUGGAAAGACUCUCAUCGUCGGCAGGCAAUUCAGAUGCUCCAAGGCGCCAUUGAGCGCAACCGUUUCAUGACGCAGACUGGGGCUUCCAUCACGGCAAGCUCUAGUAAACUCAGCCCGCAGCAGAAACUCUUAACAGCGCGCGCACAGUUGCUUCUGGCAAAGUGGCUUGAUACCUCUGGACAGACGCACGCAGUAGCACUGCGUGAAAAGUAUCAACAACCACCAAAGACUCACUCAAUGUGGGAAAAGGGCCACUAUUACCUUGGCCGCCAUUACAAGAAGAUCCUAGAGUCUGAGAAGCCCCUCAAGGUUGAUGACCAGAGCGACAACUAUGUCACGGGAGAGAUUGCAAGACUGGUAAUUGAAAACUACCUCAGGUCUCUCAAUUUUGGAACCAAAUAUCUUUACCAGACGCUACCAAGAAUCUUGACGCUAUGGCUUGAUCUAGGUGCCCAGCUUGACAGAGCUCCCGAAGGAAAGGCGUCACUGUCGCGCGAACUUCACAAACGCCGUGUAGAACAGCUGAACUUGCUGCACGCCUUUCUCGACAAGUACAUCAAGAGGCUGCCAGCCUACAUCUUCUACUCGGCCCUACCGCAGAUUGUCGCUCGCAUCGCUCAUCACAAUGUCAACGUCUUUGAGCGACUCACGCACAUCAUCAUCAAAGUCGUCCAAAGCUACCCGCAGCAGGCGCUAUGGAGCGUCAUCGGCGUCAUGACUACGAAGCAGGCAGGAGAGCGACGAACGCGAGGGACGCAGAUAUUGCAGACGCUGCGAGGCACAUCUCGAAAAGUGGAAGGCUCAACCUAUGAUCUCAAGCAGCUUCUGCGCUAUGCAGAAAAGCUCGCCGAACAGCUACUUUUCGCGUGCACCAAUGGUGAUUUUCACGGCAACAAGACGGUGCAUGCCAGCCUCUCGCGAGACUUGCGAUUCAAUCACAAGUGCACCCCUUGUCCUCUUGUCGUUCCGGUAGAAGGCACACUGACUGCCGCGCUGCCCACUGCUUCGGAGUAUUACAAGAAUCACAGACCGUUCUCGCGCGAUGUUGUUACGAUUGACUGCUUCUUGGACGAUGUUCUGGUGCUGAGCUCGCUCGCGAAGCCGCGUCGACUCACGGCUCGUGGCAGCGAUGGGAAGAUUUACAUGCUGCUCAUCAAACCCAAGGACGACUUGAGAACCGAUCAGCGGCUGAUGGAGUUCAACAGCAUGAUCAACCGGUCGCUGAAGCGAGACGCCGAGUCGAGUCGGAGACAGCUGUAUAUCCGGACCUAUGCCGUCGUGCCUCUGAAUGAAGAAUGUGGAAUCAUUGAAUGGGUGCCCGGCAUCAAGACGAUGCGUGACACGCUGCUCACGCUAUACUCCUCGCAAAAAAUCCACCCGGAUUAUAUGGCGCUGAAGCAACUCAUGGACGAAGCAUCGUCCUCGGAAAGCAAGAUACGAAUCUUUACGGAUGACGUGCUGGGCCGAUUCCCGCCUCUGUUGCCACUCUGGUUCAUCCAGCAGUUCCCAAACCCAUCCGCGUGGUUCGCGGCAAGGCUUCGGUAUACACGCUCCUGCGCCGUCAUGUCCAUGGUUGGCACCAUCCUAGGUCUUGGCGACCGGCAUGGCGAAAAUGUCAAUCUGGAAGAGGGCAACGGCGGAAUUUUCCACGUGGACUUUAACUGCCUAUUCGACAAGGGCUUGACGUUUGCCAAGCCGGAACGAGUGCCGUUCCGGCUAACGCACAACAUGGUAGCCGCCAUGGGCAUAUACGGCUACGAAGGGCCGUUUCGCAAGUCGUCCGAGCUCACGCUAAGCAUCUUGCGACAGCAAGAAGAGACGCUCAUGACGAUUUUGGAGUCGUUUAUUUAUGAUCCGACGCUGGAUCUGCAAAAGGAGAAGAGGUCUAGGAAGAGCGAUGCGGCAGUGAAGUUGCAGCCGCAGAGCGUGGUGGAUAGUAUUAAGAGAAAGGUCAAGGGUCUGCUUCCGAAUGAAAGCAUUCCGUUGUCUGUGGAGGGUCAAGUGGAGGAGCUCAUUAAACAAGCUGUCGAUCCGAGAAAUUUGACGGCCAUGUAUAUUGGAUGGUGUCCAUUUCUGUGA